AUGCCUCACUUGGAUGAUGUACAUGACAACGAAUGUGUACCGUCACCGGGUGCCUAUGAAGUAUUCUAUGUUUUAUUUCAUUCUAUAUUUUACGCACUUAUACCACCAGUGUCUAUGGUCACAUUUGGCUUAUUGACGUUGUUCAAUGUCCGCAGGAGUCGUCGACAAAUAUUAUCAAUUGAACAACAACAAAAUUCAAUAACAAAACGAAGAGAUGCACAAUUAAUUCGCAUGUUGCUAAUACAAGUAGUUGUUUUCACUUUGCUAAUAACGCCUGAAGUUAUUCGCUCGUGGUACAGAGCAUUUACAUUGAACGUUUCGAAAUCAGAGGAACAAAUUGCAAUCGAGGAGCUUUUCGAACAAAUAGCAAACCUCUUGUUAUAUACAACAUUUUCAAUUACAUUUUAUUUGUUUACUCUAACCUCAGAAGUAUUUCGUAGAACAUUCAUACAAUUAUUUAAACGAACAAAUACAACAGUUUCGCUUAACCACUAA